GUUACUUUGUUGAUUAUUCGAUGCUUUACCCUAAUGUGCUGCGACCACUACAACAAUCUCUUCCGGCUGCAUUGCAUUACAAUACUCCAGUAACGCCGUUCCUCUCAUCCUUUUUCUGCUCGCAAUCCGAAACCUAAACCCUAAUUUGUCGGCGAAAUCGUCUCCGCGAACAGUAUCUACGAUGGGAGAUAUUUCGACUGGUGUUGGAGACGAUCGGAAAGUGACGAAGCUUCCGAUUCCGGGCAAAAGAAACAUCCUAAUUACCAGUGCCCUUCCUUAUGUCAACAACGUUCCUCACCUUGGAAACAUCAUUGGAUGUGUGUUGAGUGCUGAUGUGUUUGCUCGAUAUUGUCGAUUGAGGGGAUACAACGCGAUAUACAUAUGUGGAACUGAUGAGUAUGGUACAGCUACCGAGACAAAGGCUUUGGAAGAAAACUGUACUCCUAAAGAAAUCUGCGACAAGUAUCAUGCAAUUCACAGGGACGUGUAUAAAUGGUUUAAUAUAAGUUUCGAUGAAUUUGGAAGAACGUCAUCUCCAGAACAGACUGAAGUUUGCCAAGCGAUUUUCAAAAAGUUGCUGGAGAAUAAUUGGCUUUCUGAGAAUACAAUGCAACAGCUUUACUGUGAUACAUGCAAUAAGUUUUUAGCAGAUCGGCUUGUUGAGGGUAACUGUCCAACACCAGGUUGUAAUUAUGAUUCUGCAAGAGGAGAUCAAUGUGAAAAAUGUGGCAAGCUAUUAAAUCCAACAGAACUCAUCAAUCCUAGAUGCAAGGUCUGCAAAACAAGCCCUAGAAUUCGUGAUACAGAUCACUUGUUUCUUGAACUCCCUUUGUUGGAAGAGAAACUACGUGAAUACAUCAGCACCAUGUCAGUGGCUGGUGGUUGGAGUCAGAAUGCCAUUCAUGCAACAAAUGCAUGGCUUAAAGAAGGAUUAAGGCAACGGUGUAUUACUCGAGAUUUGAAGUGGGGUGUCCCUGUCCCUCUUGAGAAAUUCAAAGAGAAGGUUUUCUAUGUAUGGUUUGAUGCACCUAUUGGAUACGUGUCAAUUACUAAAUGCUACACACCUGAAUGGGAGAAGUGGUGGAAAAAUCCUGAAAAUGUGGAGCUAUAUCAGUUUAUGGGAAAGGAUAAUGUUCCAUUUCACACUGUUAUGUUUCCUUCUACACUUAUUGGAACUGAAGAGAGCUGGACUAUGAUGAAAACUAUUAGUGUUACAGAGUACUUAAACUAUGAAACAGGUAAAUUCUCAAAGAGUAAGGGUGUAGGUGUAUUUGGAAACGAUGCAAAAGAUACAAAUAUUCCUGUAGAAGUAUGGAGAUACUAUCUGUUAACAAAUAGACCUGAGGUAUCAGACACGUUAUUUACAUGGGCAGAUUUGCAAGCGAAAUUAAACAGUGAAUUGCUAAAUAAUUUAGGAAAUUUCAUAAACAGAGUCUUGAGCUUUAUAGCUAAAGAAUCAGGUUUAGGAUAUGGUUCCAUUAUUCCUGAUGCUCCAAAUGCAGAAUCACAUCUUUUAACAAAAACUUUGGGAGAUAAAAUCGGUGACUAUGUUGACCAAUAUGUAGAGGCCAUGGAGAAGGUCAAGCUAAAGCAAGGAUUGAAACUUGCAAUGAGCAUUUCUGGUGAGGGGAAUGCAUAUCUACAAGAAAGUCAAUUCUGGAAGCUGUACAAGGAAGACCUCCCAUCAUGUUCAAUAGUCAUGAGAACUUCAGUUGGCAUAGUCUAUCUUCUUGCAUGCCUUCUAGAACCUUUUAUGCCAUCCUUUUCCAUUGAGGUACUCAAGCAGCUCAAUUUGCCCCUUCAACUUUCCCUCUGUGAUGAUAAGGGAGAUAUCAAAAAGGCCAAAACCCCUUGGGAGUUCAUACCUGUAGGCCACAAAAUCGGGACCCCUGUUCCAUUAUUUAAGGAAUUGAAAGAUGAAGAAGUGGAGUUUUUCAGGAAUAAAUUUGCUGGCAGUCAAGCUGAUCGAGCUGACCGGGCUGUUAAGGAAGAAGCCGAAGCAAAAAAAGUUACCGAAAAGUUGAAGAACACCAAAAUUUCAGAUAAAAGUGGAAAGAAAGAAAAGGGGGAGAAGUCUGGUGUUGGUGAAAAAGCAAAAACAAAGGGAGCUCCUGCUGUGGAAAAGGAAGUAACAAUCAGUAGGCUUGACAUCCGUGUUGGAGUUAUCACACAAGUCCAGAAGCAUCCGGAUGCUGAUUCUUUAUAUGUUGAACAAAUCGAUGUUGGUGAAGAACAACCUAGGACUGUUGUCAGUGGACUUGUCAAAUUUAUACCUAUCGAACAGAUGAAGAAUCGGAAGGUUUGCGUUUUGUGUAACCUAAAGGCAGCAACCAUGAGGGGGAUUAAGUCACACGCGAUGGUUCUUUGUGCUUCCACUAGUGAUAAGGUUGAAUUGGUUGAGCCACCUGAGGGUGCUGUUGUUGGAGAGAGGGUUAAGUUUUCAGGGUUUGAUGGGGAGCCUGAUGAUGUGUUGAACCCUAAGAAGAAGAUUUGGGAGACACUACAAGUGGAUUUGCAUACAGAUAAGGAUCUUAUAGCUUGCUUUAAAGAUCUUCCAUUUACAACUUCUGCUGGUGUUUGCAAGGUUUCAUCCAUAUCCAAUGGAACAAUUCGAUGAAUAUGUUAUUUUCACUUCAAACCAUGUUUGUUACUCUUUAUUUUAUUUACCUUUUUUUUUUUUUUUGACAUUUUUACAUGAAUGUGGUGUAUU